GCACGCUCACCUACCUCUACCUGGAAUAACAUCACAAAGUACACCAGUAGUUAAGCAACAAAACCUAAUGCCAUUGGACGGAAACAAGCAGACAGACAGACUAUAAGACGCACGUCGAGGCAGACAGACAUCGCAGAAGAAGAAGCAGAGCUUGACAGAGCUGAGCAGAGCGAGAGAGAGAGAGACAGACGCAUAGACAGCAAUGGGGUUCGGCGUGGUGUCCCUCCUCAACGCGGUGUUCCGCCGGGCCUUCACCUCGGCCGGCCUCCGGCCCAGCUCCGUCGCCGUCGACGCCGACACCACGCUCCACUUCUGGGCCCACCCCUCCCUCCUCUCCUCCCCCGACGCCGAGUCCAAGCAGCGGCAGCAGCAGCGGGGGCGGCGGCCGGUGGUGGUGCUGAUCCACGGCUUCGGGCCGGACCCGACGUGGCAGUGGGCGGCGCAGGUGGGCCCGCUGUCCAAGCACUUCGACCUCGUCGUGCCCACGCUGCUCUUCUUCGGCGCGUCCACCACGCGGGCCCCGGGCCGCUCCGACGCGUUCCAGGCCGCCGCCAUCGCCAAGCUCCUCGCCAGCGACCGCCUCGGCGGCGUCGGCGAGGAGGGGCGCGUCGUGCACCUCGUGGGCACCAGCUACGGCGGGCUGGUGGCGUACCACCUGGCGCGGGCGCUGCAGCAGGGCGGGGGAGCCGGAGCGUGGACGGUGGGGAAGGUGGCGGUGUGCAGCUCGGACCUGGCCAAGGGGCCCGAGGACGACCGGGCGCUGGCGGCCAAGGGCGGCGUGGCGGACGUGACGGAGCUGAUGGUGCCGGCGGACACCAAGGCGCUGCGGCGGCUGAUGGACAUCUGCGCGCACGGCCCGCCCAAGUACCUCCCCGAGUGCCUCGCCCGCGACCUCCUCCGGUGUUUCGCGGUCCAGAGAGAGGGGAAGAUCGAGCUGAUCAAGGGGAUCGCCUCCGGGCACGGCUUCCAGAUCACUCCUCUCCCCCAGGAGGUGCUGAUCGUGUGGGGCGAGUUCGACCAGAUCUUCCCGGUGGCCAAGGCGCACAAGGUGAAGGAGAAGCUCGGGGAGAAGGCGACGGUGAGGAUCAUCCCCGACACGGGCCACCUGCCGCAGCAGGAGGACUCCAAGCUCUUCAACCAGAUCCUCCUCGACUUCCUGCUGCCUCCGCCUUCCUCCUCCAAUGGCGCCGCCGCCGCCAAGUAGCUAGCUAGAUAGGCCGUCGCUUGGUUGAUAUGGUGCAGGUUUUGAGAGAGAAUCAACCCGGUCGGCUUGGGUGUGGGUGGUGUAAUAUAAGUGGCAGCAGUGGGCGUACAAGGAAGAAGAUGUUGUUUUGUUUCAUGCAAGCAUCGUGUUCUUCUGGUUCAUAUACGAUGAUUGAUACGAGACUCUACGUUUGUUUUACUUUGAAAAAUGAGAGGAUCAGUACGUAUUGACGGUUUGA